AUGCCGGCCAGAUGCUUCCAGUGCAAGACGCGUGUGGGCGGUUGGGGGACGGGCCGCCAGCACGCGCAGAUCGCUGGGCACACCUGGCAGCCUGGCUACUACUGUGAAUACUGCGAGGCGACGUUCUCCUCGCAUGAACUGUGCAAGAGUCACAGGAAGACUUGUCCCUCCGGAGCUGCCCUCCCGCUCGUAGUCGCCGCAGACGACACGCCAGCGCCCACGGUCUCACACGAACGAAGAACGUCGAUUGCCGCGAUCGUAUCCUGUCGAACGUGCGGUGAGCACUUCCGGUAUGAGGAGAAUUUGGAGAAGCACACAGCGUCGGUCAGCGCUUGCAGGAGAUGCAACGUGUGUAUACCGCAUGCCACGAUGAGCCUGCAAGAUCACUAUCGGGUGUCGACGACGCACCCAAUACCGUGUCCGUGGUGCGACCUUGGUUUCGACGAUUUCGACGAAUUGGCCCCAGCGGUCCGCGAUGCAGAAGUCCAAGCGGCCGAUGCGGAACCGUCGUCACUUUCCGACACAACCACCAGUUCUGUCGCACCAGAACGACUGGGCGUUGGACCCGAGAGUGUCGUUAAAUACGUUGUCUCGACUUUGUGCGGGGCGUUCUCGGACGUGGGCGGCGCGCCGCUUACGACAGGACUAGGCGAUCCCGCCGUUGAAGAGGAGCCCGACGCCCCCGCGCCAGCUAUUGAACUCGACUAUGGCGACACUACUCCGGCAGCCCCCGAGGUCCCCUCGACGAUGACAGACCCGGAACCCGCGGUCAUUGUCCAGGACAACAUCCCAAGGUUACAACCUCCCUUGCGAUCCAUGCUCCCGCUUUGCUCAUUCACCCGUGCUAGCAGGCCCACUGUGGCAGUCCCCAGGCUCGACGACGACGCAGUCGAAUACGACGGCUUCACAGACGACGCGGACCGGUCCUCCGUGAUCGCCAAAGCCGCGCUCGAUCUCAUCUCCCAGCGGUACGGAGGGACCGCGGCCGAGCGCGUCCUGCGCGCCAUGCAGGAACUCGGCGGCGCCAUCGCCGAAGAGCAAAAUGCUCGCGACGAGACUGAGUCGCUGCAGCAAGCCGCAGAUGUGCAGCAGGAGGUUACGACACCGGUGCGGGCUGGACCGACGGACAGCUGCGGCAGCCCCUCGAGCGCUGUGCGCCGCUUCGUGGAAACUCAAAGAGAAGCUCUAGCGGCUGAGGUGACGCGACCUGGUACUCCCAUGCUACCUGCGCGACCCACAAGAGCCCCUCGCCGCCACGACCUCGAACCGCGGGAAGAACGCCCACAGGCUUCCACGUCUGCUCAGGCAACGAAGCCUCCAGCACGGCAGAAACCAAACCACGCUGCAAAGCGCCCAGCAGUAGGAACGCAGUCCUGGCACUGCCGAUCCUGUGCGGGCGAUCCCUGCAUGCGGCCAGUCGCUACGAUAUGCGGACACAUUUUCUGCCAAGACUGCCUUAUGCGCGAGCUGCGGGAGCACGGCGCGUGUCCUGUAUGCCAGAAGGUCUUCCUCAUAAGACUCGAUGUUGCUGAGGGGUGA